CUUUGCUUGUACUCAACCGGUUUUUCAUAUUAGAUCAAAUUUCCACAUUCUGUAUAUUAUUUCAUGAUUGCAGCUGCCAUUAUUAAAGUACAAAGAACUGAAGAAAUUGCUUGAUAGAAUAUCAACAGUACUUCCACUUAUAGAAGCGGCUCAGCCUCCAGGCUCUUCAGGAAUAGAGGCACUAGGCUCGUUAAACGUUGCAAUUGAGAAAGCCAUGCAAUUUUACGAGUACUGCUCAAGAUCCAGUAAACUUUACCUGGCAGUAAGAGGGAAAGCAAUAGCCUCAAUAUGUCAAAGAUCAAAGAAUUUGUUGGAGGAAAGUUUAGGUCAAAUUCAAACCAUGGUUCCACAUGAGUUGGCUGAAGAGAUCUCUCACAUCAUGGAUGAUCUUACGGGUGCAAAUUUUACCCUGAACUCAUCUGAAGAAGAGGCUACCAAGGCUGUCAAAAGAUUUCUCCUGCAGAUUGCUUCUGCAUCACACUUAGUGGAAACCUCUGAAAUUAAAGCUCUUCAAUUGGCAGCUUCAACGCUUGAUAUCACAUCCCCAGAUACUAUCCGGAGAGAGAAAAAGUCCAUCAAUAAGAGGCUUGAAGAUAAGUACAGUGACCCAACAGAAAAAGAUACUUUAAAUUUGUAA